UGAUAGUCUGACAACAUAUUCGAAUGUACUAUGGAUUUUUUUUAUAUGAUUUAAAUUUUACAUUAAAAUAUUAGUAGAAACUCUUUUACGAAGAAACAAUUUCGUUUGCUAUGGCAAUAUGGUAGUGACUCCGGUAAUUGGCCACUAACGAAAAUUUACUGUACUGACAAUUCGAGAUAUAACCUUUGGUACAUAACAGUUGCACUGAAUCCCCUUUUGGACGCUCUAUGUUACAACAUGGGACUCUUGAACUACAGUAAUAAGAUUUGCUUAGCUCCCAUGGUACGAAUUGGGGAGCUUCCAACGAGAUUACUAGCUCUUCGUUAUGGAGCAAAUCUGGUAUGGGGUCCAGAAAUUGUAGACAAAGCAUUGGUAGGUGGGUCCUUGGUACAAAGAAUAGUAAAUGAUAGAGUGAACUGCAUAGAUUUUGUUAAGCCUCCUACGAACAAAGUUCUCUUUCGUGUGCAUCCUUUAGAAGCUAAUCGAUUGGUUUUUCAACUUGGUUCUGCUUCUCCAGAUUUAGCUGUUCAAGCUGCAAAGCUUGUAGCCGACGAUGUUGCUGGUAUCGACUUGAAUUGCGGCUGUCCCAAACACUUCUCUGUUCAUGCUGGCAUGGGUGCAGGUCUUUUGAAAGAACCAGAUCGUCUUAUAUCAAUUUUACAGGCUUUGGUGAAGGAGGUGGGGAUUCCACACAAUGUUUCAAUUAGCUGCAAAAUCCGUCUUUUGGAAACUAAAGAGAAAACCCUAGCUCUGAUUGAGCGUCUCUGUUCUACCGGAAUUCGCGCAAUAACCAUUCAUUGCCGUACGACGCCUAUGCGAAACACAGAACCAGCUCAUCGGGAAUAUUUGCAAGAUAUAGUUGACCUUUGCAAAAAGUACAAUGUUGCCGUUCUCGCAAACGGAGACGUCUCUGGUUACGAAGAAGGAAAAAAGCUUAUAGAAAAAUACGGUUUAGAUGGUGUACUGAUUGCUAGAGCCGCGGAAAAGAAUGUUUCUUGUUUUCGUGCAGAAGGCCCUUUGUCCAACCGUGAUUUGGCUUUGGAUUAUCUUAAAAUGGCAUUGGAGGUUGAAAACAAUUUUGGUAACACAAAAUAUUGCUUAACUCAAAUCAUGCAGGGAGCCUUUAGAAAAGAUGUCAGGCAAGCUGCGCAAUGCGCUAAAAGCUAUGAUGAUUUGAAAAAUGCUUUCGCUAUGGAUCAAAAGCAUUCAGAUGCUUCUGGAGUUAUAUAUGCUCCCAAGCGUGAAAAGUCAAUCAUGUUCGCUUUUGGAAGCAGCUCUAAACUUUUGAAAGCGCUCUCGAACGAAGCUACUCUGAAACAAUUAGCCGCUUUUUCAUUUACGAAGGUAUUCGUUUACAAACCCGAAGGUGAAAAGUCUGAGGAUUUUACUGAUUGUAGUGAGAAAUUUAAAAGUCAUGGAGUUAAUUUGGCGAGUGUUUCAAGCGAUGAUUUAGCCUUGAAAAUUGAUCAAGCAGAUUUAAUUAUCUGCUCUAAAGAAGAGCAGUCAAUAUCCUUUGAAGCCUCGAGUUCCCAUAAACAAAUCCUGUAUUUUACUUCAAGCGAACUCGCUUCCUUAUAUAAUGAACGAGAAGAACUCAAUAAAGCCGGCAAUUAUUUAGGCUCCCAGACAGAAUCUUUCUACGAUAUCCUUUUCAACAAAAUAAAAGGUACUAAUACAAAAAAGGAGGUCACUAUCUGAGUAUAAUAUCUGAUAGAGAAGGGUCAUUAUUUAUUGUGUAUAUUAUUUACACAAGAAUAAAACAACGGAAGCUACUAGUCCUUCUUAGUAAUUGUUCGUUUAUAAAUUUUAGUUACAGUGCAUUCUUUUGUAUAUAUGAUAUUCUAUUUUCUUUUUCAGUCUGGUCUCAUAAACUGUAUUAUUGCAAGUAUGAUUGCUAAAUAUAGACUCAAUACGUCGGUGUGCUUUUCGAAUGAUAUGACACUUGCAUGAAAAUAGUUCGAUUUCAACCUUCUUUCUUUACCC